UGCGACACCAGACAGAAUUUGUUGCGGUGGGAAUCCCCCGGUCCACGCGACUCUCCAAACCAAAAGAAGAAGAGGGAAACAAGAGCAGGAACAGAAGAAAAUCGGAAUAAAAAAACACCCCGCUUGCUCGAGCAAGUAAUUCAGUCGCAAUGCCUGCCAUCAUCGAAACCGACUUGCCUUCAUCCAAGGCGGACAAAAAGUCCAAGAAGAACAAGGAGAAGAAACGACCACGGGAAGACGAUGAAGCCACCGAGGCCCGCAACAACAAACGGUCCAAAAGCGAGGCCCCUACUGCCGAUGAAGCUGAAGAUGGUCAACAUGUCAAUGGAGGAGAGAAGAAGAAACACAAGAAGUCGCGCAAGUCAAAGCAAACCGAGACGGAAGAUGUCGAAGUGGAGCCAGAACAGGUAGAAGAGGCUCGGGCCAAGAAGGAAAAGAAGCAAAAGAAGAAGAAGGAUAAGACAACAAAUGGCGAGGAUGCUUCAGAAGAGGUUGUCCCAGAGUCGCCGGUCAAAUCCACCAAGAAGUCUAAAAAGGUCAAGAGUGAGGUGGAAGCUGCACCGGAGACCAUUGUCGACAAUGCAGCCACUGAAGAGGCAGCACCUGAAAAGAAGAAGAAGAAGCGAUCAAGGAGAAAGUCGGAUCGUGCGGCGGAGGAGGAUGUCGAGGAAGAGUAUGGAGCUGCCAAAACCAAAAAGUCGGACUCGGAGGCUCUGCCGCCAGACUCUCCGGCCUCGCAGGGCUUUGCCCUCGACUUGAUGGACGUCGACAGCCCCUCGGUAGCACGGUCUGCCAAGCCCGAUAUACUCCAGCCCGCCCAUGCGCCGUCGAACCCAGAAUUCCCCUUUGCCACACAAAUCGUGUCGCUCUACGUCCCCCUGUUCCCCAUCGGGUUCGACCAGCCCCUCACCAAGGUUGCGGAGCAGCACCUGAAGCCGCUCCUGAAUCACUACUCACCUCUGAUGAAGGGUGUCCUGCUCGACUACAGGCACGUCACGCUUGGCGAGCUCCCCACCCGCGCCGACCCGCGCAACCCGCCCACCGACCGGACCCCGACGCUGCUGUCCUGCAAGGACGAGUAUGCCGUCGGGUUUGGCUGGCUCACGGCCGAGGUCUACCUCUUUGUGCCCCGGCGCGGUGCCUGGAUGGAGGGCGUGGUCAACCUGCAGAGCGAAGGUCACCUGGGCGUGGUGUGCUGGAACCGGUUCAACGCCAGCAUAGAGGCCAACAGGGUGCCCGAGGGCUGGAAGUUCAUCGACGUUGUGCAAAAGGCCGAGGAUGCCAAAAAGGCAAAGUUUCGCAACGCGGGCAAGAAGAUCAACCUCGAGGAAGCGGAAGGUGAGGGCGACGAGGAGGCAGAGGCUGCCGAGGAGGCUGGAGAAGACGACCAGGAAGAGCUCGAGGCGAGCCUACAGCAGAUGCAUGCGACGGGAUACUGGGUCGACGCUGCCGGCAAGCGCAUCGCGGGCAAGAUCCGAUUCCGAAUCAAGAACUUUGACGUGGGCACUGCGGGCGAUCAUGGCUACAUCAGCAUCGAGGGCACCAUGCUGGACGACGAGGCCGAGCGGGAGCUGCGGGUCAAGGAGAAGGAGAGGGAAAAGGCCAGGAUGGCCAAGGCCAGCACGAGCGGGAUGCUGAGGAGGUUGACGAGGAGCGUGCCGGAAUUCAGCAUGACGAGCUUCGGCAAGGAGGAUGAGGAGGAGGACAGCUCAAAGAAGGUGGAGCUGUAUUCUGGCAGUCGACCCAUGACGCCAAGCUGACGAGUCGAGGAAUGUGUGGCUUUUGUGAUAUUCUAGGCUGUUUGGGGGUUAAAAUGUUUUGCAUUUCGACAGGUUUUCUUUUCGAUAUAUUUCUAGGGCUUUCAUUGAUGUGGACGUGUUUUUCCUCGUGCCUCUGGACGAUGACCUGAGAUGAGGGUUUGGCUUGUAUUUGGGCGAUUUGUUCUUUGGACUGCUUGACGUUGUUGACUUUUUGCAAUGUUAUCUCCUGAACCCGGUUGACUAAUGGCGAGUUUGACAGUCGACUGUAUCGACCAAGAGGAAAAUGUCACUUUUGGCAAACAGUCUCUACCUUGGUCGCAUUAAGCAUUGGGCGCGAAAACAUAAUCAUAGAUUCAACAACGACGUCUAUCAACGGCACACAAGAACAGAAUAUCCUACAGCUUCAGUCACCGUCAACCGUCAACCCUCAAAAACUCCUCAAUCAACUCCUCCACGUCGGUCCCGGCAUUGCGCAAAAGGGUCCAGUUCCUCCGCAUCUCGUCGACGGCAUCGGUCAUGAGGUCAAUCUCGGUCAGGCACGCCUUCUUGGAGGUCUCGAAAUCCAUAGCGGCCUCCUCGAGCUCCUCAAAGGCGGCCGUCCUGGCCUGCUGCAGCAGCUUGCGGAACGCCGCGUCCUCCUCGGGCGUGACCUUGACGCGCUUGGCCGCCUGGAGCACGGCGUCCCUGCGCCUGCGCUUCUGGCCCUGCGAGGACGAGUCGCCGCCGUCGCCGCCAGCAGCCGGCCGCGGGUACACGGGCGUGUCGGGCUGCUCGCCGCGUUGGCGCCGGUCACGCUCGAGGUCCAGCAUGGCCGAGAUGGCUUUGAAGCGGCGCUCGAAGGGGGCGCUGCCCAGGACCCGGAUGACGUCCUCGACGGGCCACUGCAUGCCCUCGUCGUGGCCCUGCGGGUCUAUGCCCGCGAGGGGCAGCAGGCUGCCGUAGAGCUCCGAGACCUUUUCUUGCCUCGGCGGGCCCAGGGCACCCGACGCCCAGAGCCGGGUGUGGUGCGCGGCCGCGUCCUCGGGGUCGGGGGUGGCGGGCGCGUCUGCGGU